AUGGACGAGAAAGGAGGUUUCAGGCGCUUUAGGCGUUUGAGAAAUGUUGCUGGCCUUUGGGCAAUCACAACUAUACUUUUAGCGUCGCUGUAUGCCUAUUUUAAGGUCCAAACAUGCCACAAACCCAAUAUGUCAAUGGCCAUAUCAGACCAAGAUCGAUUUGAAGGGUCUUUCAAGCUCCAAAGCAUCUAUAAACAUGGUGUAGGAGAUAAUUCGUUUAUGCAAGUACUGGAACUGGAUGAAGAGGUGCUGGAAGCCGCAAAAGUGAAGUUUUCGGAGCUCUCCACGAACGCUGGAGACGAGGAAGAACUGUGGACUUCAAGUCCACAUUAUGCCACGGAAAACCCACUAAAUUACGAGUUUCAGCUUUCGUAUGAACCACAGACUCUAAAACGAAUGUUGCAUAGAUCGCCGGAGUUUGUGGAGUCAUAUCUCGAUUAUGCACAUGAGAAUCCACGGAUGGCUUCUCAAGUGCAUUUAGAUUGGAUUGAUGACACGGUUGUGGUGCCAAAGGUGACAGAUAAAAAAACUGUGGUAAGUCUAGCGCUCAUGUCAUCUAAUGCGUAUGUGAGGCUGCCGCAUACUGGAGAUUGGCGAAAUCUGACAAAACCUUGGAACCACACUGCAAACCCUGGCCAUGGCUGGGACGACGAUGGUCUCAGAGGCCACGUUUUCAGAAACGACCGACAGGACAUUGUUGUGCUAGCUGUUAAGGGUACAAGUGCACAGGGACUAGCGGGUUCGGGUGAAGACGAAACUACCGUCAAUGACAAGAUAAAUGACAAUCUCCUGUUUUCUUGUUGCUGUGCAAGAAUCAGUUACUUGUGGACAACGGUAUGCGACUGUUAUAUGAAGUCUUACACCUGUGACGAGGCGUGUCUGGAACGCGAACUACGGAGAAAGGAUCGUUAUUACAAAGCGGUGCUGAAUAUUUACAAAGAGGUGGCAGAAAAAUAUCCAACGUCAACGAUCUGGGUCACAGGUCACUCUUUAGGAGGCGCUUUAGGCAGCCUUUUGGCCCGCACAUAUGGGCUCCCAGCAGUAGCUUUUGAGGCCCCAGGAGAAUUACUUGCGACACGGCGUCUUCAUUUACCCAUGCCACCUGGGUAUCCUAAUUAUUUGGAAGGUGUGUGGCAUUUUGGAAACACUGCAGACCCUAUAUUUAUGGGUACUUGUAACGGAGCAAGCUCGUCGUGCUCAAUUGGUGGGUACGCGAUGGAGACGUCCUGUCAUACAGGAAAGGAGUGUGUCUAUGACGUCGUUAAGGACAAAGGGUGGCAUGUUAGUCUUUUCAACCACAGGAUCCAUAAAGUCAUUGACGAAGUGUUAGAAGGUUAUGACGAGCCCGCUAGAUGCAUACCACCAGGACCGUGCCAUGAUUGUUUCAACUGGAACUACGUCCGGAAAGAAACGUCCUCUCAAAGCACUAAAACUAUGACGACCAGUACGUCGUCAACAAGAUCAACUAUCACACCGGAACCAACGAUCACUAGUAGUUGCGUGGGUCGAAAUUGGUAUGGCUGGUGCACGGAGUAUGAUUAA